AUGAAGACCCCCAGAAACCACAUGAAAUCACAGAGUCUUUCUCGUUUGGAUUUCGAUAUGAUGCUUCAGGUGCUUCAAUGGACAUCUCUUCAGAUUCGCCAAGGUAGUCGAUUUUUCCAAAGUAUGCUUGCUUUUAGUCUCGUUGAUCUGUCUGGUGAAUUGCUGCCCUCUUCAAAGACCGAAGACGUUAAGCUACAAACAAAAAACUUACUGAACACCAUUUUGAACGCCGGAAAGUUUUUGGGCCCGUUGCCGAAGAAGAUGACACUGACCAUGAAAUUGCAGUAUUACGAAAAUGCCCCCAAUGAUUAUUUACCCAAAGGAUUUAAGACCGACGAUUCACCUGACUUUGUCUUCGCAUCGGGUCCAGUGAAUCUUAAAAUGGGUCUUAUUGAGACGGGUGACUCAGGUUCGGAAAAGCACGUUAUAACCUCAACAAAUUCCAACAUUGCACACACUCCGAGGUCGUCCUACCAGCAAACUCAGCCUGAUAUGUCCGACACCAACUUGGACGGCGAAUUUGAAGUUUCAUGUCCCUGUGGAAUCAAUAUGGAUUGUGGCGUGAUGAUUCUUUGCGAUGGCUGUGAACGUUGGCAACACGCAGUCUGCUUUAGGAUUAUCGACGAGGCUGAUGUUCCUAAGUCCCAUCUGUGUCGAGACUGUGCGAAAACCAAAUCUGUCUGCCUUUUCCGACGCGCACUCUUUCUCUGUGUGAACAACGAUAUGCUCUCAGUUGGUAGCAUUUCCAACCAGCUUGGAGUGGAUGCCAGUGUGGCCAAAGGUCUCCUGAACAAACUUCAAAGUGAGGGUGCAGUAAAGGAUGUUAGAGGUCGAAGGUAA